UACUACUAUUGAGUCCAACACGUCGUUAAACACUACUAUAGAGUCCAAUACGACGUCAAAUACGACUAUAGAGUCGAACUCGUCAUUAAAUACUACUAUAGAGUCUAACACGUCGUUAAAUACUACUAUAGAGUCAAACACGUCGUUAAAUACAACUAUAGAGUCCAACACGUCGUUAAACAGCACUAGUACAGAGUUAAAUACAUCAUCUAAUGUUACAACUGUAAGUUCUGCAGAAUCUAAUACAACUGAAACGAACUUAUCUGGUUCUCCCAACGCAUCAUCUACCGUUAUAGUCAGUAGUAGUCAGAAUAAUACCCUAGAGACUAUUACUACAAUAACAUCACCUAUUUCAAACGUUACAACGGGGUCAUGUUUUCCUAAUAAUAUUGCACAAACCAAUUUAACAGCAAAUUUGUCUGCACUUCCCAAUGAAAUGAAUUCCACAGAGUCAUCUACCAACGAGAUUGGCUCAUUUUCUGCGUAUACGAACACUUUAUCCUCGAUUAUUACUGAAGGAAACUCUCUUGAUAAAUCUGAUAAAACAACUCUGGAAGGCUUUACUGAGUCAUCAACGUCGUUUGCAAAUAUGGACGAAACCGCUUCUUUUAGAGCCCACACUAUGAAACCAGAAUCUGCUAGUGAUGUUAUAAAUCCGUCUAGCCCGAACGACGUUCCGGAAUUAAGUUUGCCCCCUAAUCUUCAAGAUUCGUACCAAAAUAUACCUGGCGUGUUGCAGUCACAUUCUGGUGGUACACAACUUCCGGGGGGCGUGAGUGCUACCAUUUUAAAACCGGCCGAUGCAAUUAAACUCAUUUGCUCCAACAAAUUUGAAAACGACACGAUAUCUCCGAUCUAUGUUGCCAACAUACUUCUGAUUCCUUCAUCAGUAUCAGAGAAUGAAGUUCCUACAACCAGUGAACUUUCCCUGACGGAAGUGACGGAAAGUGUUUUACAAUCGACGGAGUUUUCAGUGGAAGAAGUCUCGGAAACAAUGAUGACCAUGAUGAAUGAAAACACAGACUUAGAAUCUGUCACAAAUUCCAUAUCUUUGGAUAUGGAAGAUUCGGCCAGUCCAGCAGUGCCACUAGAAGAUACCGGUACUGCUGCUUUUUUAGACAGUGUUGAUGAUAGUUUAGCAACAUUGGCUCCUAAGUGUGUUGCUCGAUCGUUCAAAGAAAACAAUAAACAAAAACUAAAGACGUCUAAAAGACGAGGGAGACGCGAACUUUCCGAGGAAUUUAAACCGGGUUUGCUCAUAUAUCCGCAUAAUUCUAAAGUAACCAUCGACGAUAAGAAAUUAAGAAAAAGGUUUGCUGAAGAAGAACCGAGAUUGGACAGUAACAUAAUGAUAAAAUCUUUAGACGAUAGACCUAUAAAUGAUGAAAUAGCUUUUUCCGAAUACAAACUGAAGAGAAACGCCUCAGAUGAUAUUUGUCGCAAUGAAACUGAGAAAUUAUUAGAUAUGCUCAAUAACAUUAGUAUGGCUCCGCUACCUGGUGAGACCGGAUCUAACCUUGAUGUGGAAUAUAUUAGUUUGGGACUGAGUCAAAAUACCCAAAUAACGACUGCCUCUAUACCUGAAGAUAAGACUGGUAGCCAGUGUUUCGCUACUGAGGAAGAAAAGAAAAUAACUACAACUGAGGAAGAAAUCAAAUCCGUUUCGAUGAUCGAUAUAAGUACACAAGAUCCAUAUACAACGGUGGAGAGUGUGAUAUUAGACGUAGAGGAGGUUAUGCAGACAGGUGCACCUCAGCCUUUCCAAGUAACUGAUGCUCCAGAGGUUGAAGAGGAAACAGUAACGGAGUCAUCUCUUCAAGUAGAACCAGAAGAGGAAGCAAAAUCGGGGGGUGCUGUUGAGAAUGAAGUGAAUGAAGAUGAUGCUUACAACUUAAUACAAGAAAUUUCCAACGAAAUGUCAACAAAGAUGUCGUUAGAUGAGUUUUCCAUUCAAAGUGACUUGUUUACUGAAGAUCAAGAAGCUAGUACUAAACCAGAAAUUAAUUCUGAGGGCCCAGAAAUUCCAUGUGCGUCGAAAUCUAUUCGUGCAGAUAGCAUACCUGCAAAUGAAACUACCAUGGUUAACAUGAUGACAAAAGAAGAAAUUAAGGUCACAACACCAGGAACGGUGACAUCAAAGCAUAAAAAGAAACGAAAUGAGAAGUUGACAAUGCUGGAAAGGGACCUGCAGUUGGUAGAUGAGGUUCAGAGUCUGUUGAUUUCUGGAAAUUCAAGAGCGCCUCAGAUUUCUAACACCUCCCGUAGCCCUUUUCAUAGAAGGUCUCUGUUAAGUUUGGAUACAAAUAAUAUAGAGCACAAGAUCUCGGCAUUGGGAAAAGUUUUAUAUUGGAGAGAUCACCACGAUAUUCUGCGACCAAUAACUGAGCAACACUUGAAUAAACUGGUAGAUAACGUGGACUUGAUAAAUAAUGUUGGUGAUUUGGACGAGGUGGACACACUUGUUGAUCGAUUAAAUAGAUUUAGACGCACUGCUAAACAUAUGAAGCAUAGAAAGAAGAAAAGGAAAAAAAAGAAGAAAAAGAAAAAGAAAAAAUCAGAAAACUGGUGGAACCGGAUUUUUGGGUUGAAUAGUGGGGAACAACGUUUUUUAGGUCAAGGCAUUCAAAAUUAAAUGUUAGACGGCC